GUCUUCGCCUCUCCAACCUCGUCCUCUACUUAGCCAGCCAGCUCUUGACGACUUCCACCUCCCCCUCCUCCUAAUCAGCCCUUUCUCUUCACAUCGGCCACGGUUUCACGGGUCAAUUCCUCCCUCGUCCAUUCCCACAGAACCUAUUCCCUUCCCAGGUCUUCGGCAAAUCAACCGCCACAAUGGUCAGCCCUCAGAUCACCAACCUGAUCAUCAUGCUUGGCAUGGUCCAGGUCUCGCGCAAGGUCCCCUUCGAUGACCCCAACGUCCUGAACAUGUGCCGCGCCGGCUACAUUGCCAGCAACCUCAUCAUCGCCAUCAUCUACCUCUACGUCCAGGCCCAGAUCAACAAGAAAAAGGAUCUGACGACGCUCAAGUACGUUGAGCCGGCGCCUAUGGGUUCCUCUGAGGAGGGCAAGCUCGUCACGACGACGAUCCACGCCUACGACACGACCCAGCUCCGCGCGGCCUUCCGCUCCCAGGCUAUGGGUAUCGCCAUGAUGGGCUUCAUGCACAUCUACAUGAAGUACACCAACCCCCUCCUCAUCCAGUCCAUUAUUCCCCUCAAGGGCGCCCUCGAGAGCAACCUCGUCAAGAUCCACGUCUUCGGCCAUCCUGCCUCUGGCGACCUCAAGCGCCCCUUCAAGGCCGCCGCCGGCCUGAUGCAGGGUCUCCAGGGCGGUUCCGUCCAGAACGACAAGAAGGCCAUCGAGACCGCCGAGCGUGCCGGUCGCGGUGGUGCCAAGGAGGAGUAAAAAACGGGCAUCCGUCUUUUCUCGGGUGGCAUUUUUCUUCUUCAUUGGGACGGACAACAAAACGGUCAUUGGUUACACCGGAGAAAACGGGAAGAGGAGGCUCUGAAGCAUGUGUUCUCCCACCCGGGUGGUUGCGAUGCGGCAGCCAAUCUACCGGGACGCUUGUGUUCCUGUGUCUCGGGAUGGAAGAGGGGUUGGUGGCAAUCGUCGCAUAGAUGUUUAGCUCGUCAAGAUACAGCUUAUUAAUCCUUACGCCUGUCUGUUGUCUGCCA